AUGAAACUUACUCAAGUCUUGAAUAGACAACAUAUUGGUUUUAUGUUUAAGAAACACUGGUUGGUGCAAGGUAAACGAGUACCAAUAGAUACUGGUGUUGAAGAUUAUUUAAAAGCAAAAGGUAUUCCUGUUGAGGAUGCUUUAGAAUUUGUGUCCGAAAAGCCGAAACCCCAUGGAAGAGUAAAUGUUGUAGGUUAUUAUGAACAACCCUUACCAUUAGACGAGAACCACCCAGAAUAUAAAGAAAAGCCUUGUUACACCCUUAAAAGUACAAAUGUUCUAUUGGAAGGAAUAUCCCAAGCUCAAGUCCUAACCAAGACAAUUAUAGCUGAAAAUAAACUGCCUCCAAAGAUAGAGGAACUUGCUGAAAUAGCAGCACCCAAAGCUAUUCAUGAAAAUGUUAAAAAAGCUAUCUUGUCUGCAAACAUAUUUGAUUGUGAACAGAAAAAAUUGCCUAAAAUUAAGGAUCCAGAAAGGCCAGCAUACAAUUUUCGUCGUAUUCUAGGCAUAACAGACCGGAGACGGAAUGAAAUACUUACCAAUAGGCUACUCCAACUGAUAGAAAAGAGCAGUGACACAGAAGUCACACAAACAAAGUAUGUUUUAAACAAUGUGAAGAGUCAAGCCACAUUUGAUAAGGAUGAUGAAUUGUUCCAGUUUCAUGAAGUUUCAAAUAUACUUGUCACCAGCAAUAGGCCUGUUAAGCAUGACACUGAGAAAAACAUACCAUUUGUUGAAAUCCCUAACUUGUAUCCAAUAAAACAUACUGUCACCCUCUCUCAAGAGCACUUUUAUAAUGAAAGUAGUAAAUACCCAAUAAAAACAAGUGUAGCCAUGAAACACCCUCACACAACAUGGUUGCAUUUCAACAAUACAGAAGUGUCCAACAUUUAUGAGACGCCUGUCACUCCCAUGCAAAUUCUUGGCCGGUCUCUGACACAUGCCUUUGGAGUUGCCACAUCUUAUGCAAAACAGUUAUAUGGAGAGGAUGUAAAGGACUUGCCAGAACCAGUCCACAUUAACUGCAUAGAAACGGAUGGGCAAAGGUUUCAUUUUGGUGUUCUGGAACUUAACACUUUGAAUGUUGAUGGCAAUGAAGGCACAAAGAAUGUAUGGUACUGCAAAAAUGACAUGAAGAUGUAUGACUCAAGUUGUUACCUCAGUGGCAUACCAGUGUUAGAAAACUAUAAUCCUGAAGUGUAUGGAUACAUCAAUGCUUUUUAUAAUUGUUAA